CCGUGUUCGUGAGCACCGUGUCCAUGCGCCCCGUGUCCGUGUCUCUGAGCGCUGUGUCCGUGAACGCCGUCGGCGCCGUGUCCAUGAGCGCCAUAUUCAUGAACGCCGUGUCCGUGACCGCCAUGUUCAUGAGCGCCAUGUCCAUGGGCUCCGUGUCUGUGAGCAGCGUGUUCAUGGACGCCGUGUCCUUGAGCGCCAUGUCCAAGGAGGUCGUGCCCAUGAGCGACGUGUCCAUUGGCGCCGUGUCCGUGAAGGCCGUGUCCUUGGGCUCCAUGACCAUGAAUGUCAUGCCCAUGGACGCUGUGGACGUGAGUGCUGUGUCUGUGAUGGCCUUGUGCAUGAUUGGUAUGCCCAUGAAUGUCGUGAUGGUCAACAUCGUGUCCGUGACCAUGAUGACCGUGCCCAUUGGCUUGGUGCCCAUGAUGGCCCUGAAUAUGGGCACCAUGACCGUGAGCAUCAUGUCCAUGGCCAUGUCGAUGAGUAUGGUGUUCGUGUUCGAGAUGGGCAUCAUGAUCAUGUCGAUGAGGCCUAUAAUGAUGAGCGUAUUGGAUGGAACCAUCAGGUCCUACAACUGUACCAGUUUGGGCAUCGACAUAACCACCAUUAUCUCCAAGUAUAAGUCCUUCUGGAGAUUUGAUGACAGCCCCAUUCGGGCCAUGGUUGACAUGUGGGUGACCGUCUCCGAAAUCAAUGUGGGAGAUCUCGUGGUGUCCAUGAUGAUGUUCAUUAACGUGAGCACCAUGUCCGUGAACGCCAUGUCCAUGAGCAUCGUGUCCAUGAGCGCCGUGUGCUUGAGCACCAUGCCCAUAAACAUUAUGUCUGUGAGCACUAUGUCCGUGAAUAUUAUGUCCGUGAGCAGCAUGACCGUGGAUUCUGUGUCCGUGAGCACCAUGAACACGAGCGCCGUUUACGUGAGCACCAUGCUCGUGAACACUAUGUCCGUUAGCACCAUGGCCGUGAAUAUUAUGUCCGUGAGCACCAUCGCCGUAAAUAUUAUGCCCGUGAGCACCAUGUCCAUGCACACCAUGUCUGUGAGCGACGUGCCUGUGAAGACCGUGUCUAUGAGAUCCAUGAUGUCUGUGAACGCCAUGGUCGUGAGACUCGUGUCUGUGGUGUCCUAAAUGACCAUGUUCUCUGUGGUGUCCGUGGUGACGAUGUCCGUGGUGGUCAUGUCCUCGAUGACCACGAUGAGCCAAAGCGCCGUGUGCAC